AUGAACGAACAUCAUUUAGAAAUAAUUAAUACAAAUAAUAAUGGAGUUAUCACUGGAGGUGCACCAGAUGUCCAUUUGAACAACACUGUAGUACAUAACAUAACAUGGAGUGGUCUAUCUGUAACAGUGAAGGAUCGUCAGUUCAAGAAACCAAAGACAAUCAUUGAUAAUGUCAAUGGUAUUGUACGUGCUGGUGAGAUAUGUGCAUUAAUGGGUCCAUCUGGUUGUGGCAAGACUACUUUGCUCAAUGUACUGGCUAGACGUGCUACCGAGGGUUCAGUUGGAAGUGUUCUUGUCAACGGAUCAAACAUAUCCAACUCCGAGUUUAGAGAUAUAACAUGUUUUGUUGAACAAGAGGAUGCCCUCAUUGGUUCACUCACUGUCAAAGAGACCAUUGACUUCUCCGCCAGACUCUCCACGAACAGUUACUCGGUCAAAGAGAGGAAGGAGAGAGUUGAGAGUGUACUUCAAUCAUUUGGUUUGAAGGACCAAGCGGAUACAAUCAUUGGAACACCGAUAAGGAAGGGUAUAUCUGGUGGCCAGAAGCGUCGUGUUGGUGUGGCCAGUCAACUGAUAACAAGCCCAAAGAUAUUGUUCUUGGAUGAACCAACAAGUGGUCUGGACUCUGCCGCCAGUUGGGAGGUGAUCAACUACUUACGCACAGUAGCACGUAACAACAAUCUAAUUGUUAUACUAUCGAUCCAUCAACCAUCAUCAUCCACCUUCAACCUCUUUGACAAGUUGUUGUUGUUGUCUGGUGGCAGGACACAUUACUUUGGACCCGUGCCCAAUAUCCCAACAUACUUCCAUGGUGCCGGUUUGAUCAUCCCCAUACAUGUCAAUCCAGCCGAGUACCUGUUGGAGGUGGUCAACACAGACUUUGCUCGUGAUAAGGACAUAUCAGAUAGACGACUAUCUGAUCUCCAAACUCACUGGAGCGCAUCCACUGAAUCAUCAGACAUCGUCAAUGCCAUCACAGCCACACGAGAGCAAAGUGGCAACCAAGGACUCACCGGACACUCGACCGACCAUCGCCCAAGUCUUGCCAGCACCACUCUGACUCUGCUUCAUCGUAGUUUCCUAAAGAGCUAUCGUGAUGUCAUUGCUUAUGGACUGCGUAUUGCUAUGUACACUUGUCUGGCGGUGAUGAUGGGCACUGUGUGGGUGCGUCUCCAGCCCACUCAAUCAUCAAUCCAACCAUUCAUCAACGCCAUCUUCUUUGGCUCUGCAUUCAUGUCGUUCAUGGCCGUCGCCUAUGUGCCAGCAUUCCUUGAGGACCGUCUCCAAUACGUCAAAGAGCAUAGCAAUGGAUUGUACGGCGCAACCGCAUUCACAAUCUCCAACUUUUUGAUUGGAAUACCCUACCUGUUCAUCAUCGCACUCGUAUUCUCUGUGAUCUCCUAUUGGCUCACCAACUUCCAGCCCACCGCCCAAGCAUUCUUCACGUGGAUCAUGUGGAUUUUCCUCGACUUGCUCGCCGCCGAGUCGAUGGUCGUGUUGUUCUCCUCGCUCUUCCCCAACUUUGUGAUCGCACUGGCACUCGUAGCAUUUGCCAAUGGACUAUGGAUGUCUGUUGGUGGAUUCAUGGUCCCUCCCACAACAUUGAACGCAUUCUACUAUUAUGUGUUCCAUUUCUGGGACUAUCAAAAGUACGUGUUUGAAGGUAUGAUGGUCAAUGAGUUUGCCGAACGAACUUAUACAUGUGGCAACGAUUGCUUCUGCAUGUACAAUUCAACACUUGCCGCCGAGUGUAAGAUUGAUGGACAAGCUGUAUUAGAUCAAUAUGGCUACGAUGACAGUACAAUGGGUCGCAAUGUUGGUAUCCUCAUCGUGAUCAUAUUUGGAUACCGUCUGGCAUCUUGGGCCGUUCUAAGAUUCAAGAGAUCAGGAUUGUAUUCAUGA